AUGGAAGCUCUCCCACAUAAUUCGUCUGAUCAGGCGCUGGAUGACGCCGUCACAGACCCGUCCCUCUGGCAUUGGGCCACGAUGACCGCAGACGCAACUUGCGGAGCCGCUUGUCGCAUCAACGCUGGAAUGCGAGAUCGUGGACGCUGGUGGGAGGCAGUGGAACAAGCUGCCGAUCAGGUCUGCUGGGGCUGUGACUUAGAGCCAUGGCCAAACGAGAGAGCUUUUGGCCACCAAAUCUGGGCUGCUGUGCAUGAUGGCGGCCUUCCGAUCAGGCGUGUAGCCCAAUUCACUAAUUUGUGGAGUGUUCCCUGCCCUCGGGGGAUUCAACAUCGUCACCGCGGAACUCGAUGUCUUGUUGGCCAUUUUGUUUAUGGCAUCAUGUGCUUCUUCAAGUUCAUGGGGGAGACGGCGCAAGAGAACGUGGCCCUCACCAGCCUGGAGAGUGUGAUGGAUUUGGCGUUCAUCGUGCAGCAGGCGCCGUGCCGCAGCCAGUGGGCCUUCCCCGUGGAGGAGGUUGCAGAGAACUACGAACGAAUCCUGACCGAAGUGUGGCACCGACACCUGCCCGUGCCAGAACGAUGGCUCAGAGCCUCUGGUCCCUUGAGCUGCUGGCGUCCGAGGGCUCGAGAACCCCAAGAGACAACCGAAAGGAAUCUUGCCAAUCCCGCUCGAAUUCAGUGUCUGGUGUUGACCAUGUAUCCGCAGGAGAUUGAGAGAAUGGCCAUGGUAGUUGAGACCUAUGCGAAAUAUUGUGAUUCUCUGCAAUUCAUAAUUGCAGGGACCGGCCCAUCACAUUUCAGAGGAUAUCAGGUUGUGAAUCUGAGGGAGUUCUUCGACGUUGUUGCGGAUCCGGCACCGACAGAACAUAAAGAACCCAACACAAUUGAAAAGACCUUUAUGGCACUUAAUUUUGCAGGGCUGUACCUUCGACAGCUACCGGAAGAGAGCAAGCCGCACGUCGUUUGCCGCCUCGACUCCGACACACUUUUCCUUCCACCCAACAUACGCCGCAUUCUUGCUUGCAGAAACUUCUCCUUUGCUCAUGCUUGGGCGAUAGGCUUCGACAAUUACGCUCACAAGCAUCAGCAACCCGGUCGAGUUUUUCACAAUGGUGGCACUGGAGUUUGUUUGUCAAGAUCUGCCGUAGAGAUGCUUUCUAAAGAGAUAGCAGUGGGAAAAUUGCUGCGAAGCUCGUCCCCUGGCGACUGGAACACUGGCCACUGUGUGACUGCCCCGGGACACUGGGACGAUGUUGUCUUGAGUGCGUGCCUGGCAAAGUUGGGUGUGGCGUUCUCGCGCUGGGGAACAGACUGCGAAGGCCGAAGCCUCUUUUGGCCGGAUGCGCUCCAGUAUGCUUUUCCUGGUCCGGAGCAGAUUCGGCCUCGAAGGCUCCCUCCGAAGGGCUCUUUCUUCCAACCUCCAAGCUCGAGCAGUGGAGGGAAGCUUCCCGGGACGAAUCGAGAGCCAGAGAUCUCAAACUACCACUUCUGGCUGCACAGAGUGUGGCAGCAUCUAGCUUGCUCACCGCCCAUAUGGCUGGGUGAUUUCCCAGUCAGCUUUCACCCUUAUCGCAAUCGAACUCUGGGAAGGAGGCACUUCGGAUACUUCCAGAGGAAGGUGCAGCUCCAGGGCUACAUGAUGCAGCUCUGGGAUGGAGACGUUAUCAAGGGAUGUGCCAGUCUAACAUGCUGA